AUGCAAGAGGUAGAAGGGUUUAUUUCUGGUGAACGUGAUUAUUUGAAGCUCAAAGGAGACACUGGGCCCUUAGUAUAUCCUGCUGGGUUUGUGUAUAUAUACUCUUUCUUGUAUUUUUUGACAGACAAAGGAAAGAAUAUUCGUAUCGCUCAAUACUUUUUCGAAGCUCUUUAUCUAGUCAGUCAGUUUAUUGUGUGCUGCAUUUAUCACCAAUCAAAAAAAGUGCCACCUUAUGUCAUUCUUUUAUUGGGUUGUUCGAAACGUUUCCAUUCUAUCUUUGUUUUAAGAUGCUUUAAUGAUCCAGUUGCCAUGGUUUUUAUGUUUGCCUGUAUACUGGCAAUGACAUACAGACGCUGGACUUUAUCUAGUGUCUUAUUCAGUUUGGCAUUGUCCAUCAAAAUGAACGUAUUGCUUUUCUUUCCUGCUUUUGGAAUAAUUUUGUGGCAAGCACUUGGCGCAUAUCAAACUUUUGGACAGUUGGGGCUUAUGGUGAUGAUCCAGGGAGUUAUAGCCUAUCCAUUUUUGUCGACUUAUCCUUCAAGCUAUUUACAAAAGGCCUUCGAAUUUAAUCGUGUAUUUGAUUAUACUUGGACAGUUAACUGGAGAAUGUUAGAAGAGGAAACCUUUGUGUCUGGAUGGUUCGCAAAACAAUUGUUAGCUGGACAUGCAUUCACCCUACUUAUGUUUAUCCUGAAUAUAUGGUGCGAGCCGUAA